GUUCCGUACCUUCUAUCUCCUGUCACCACUCGCGUUUGCAGACGUCUAUGAAAGUGAAUCUGCUGCACUGUUAUAUUGCUGGUCAAGCAAUAAUAUUUAACAGAGUUCCGUAGGCUAACCCUACGUAUAUCGUUUUCUAGAAAGGAUGGCAUAAUGUUUAGCAUACCAGCAAAAACUGCAUAUUACAAGUGGAAUCGUUACUUAGCUUUUCUCACUUGGCGACUUUAGCGACGUGCUCUUAGAACUUGUGUAGACUGUACAGUCGCGUACUCCGACAGACAUUCCCCGACAAUCGCUCAAUAUGUCACCUACAACGGGUGACAUCGGGACAUCACCUAGCACUAGCGGAAGGCACCGGGCGGAUUGGCUUAUACAGCCCAUUUCGGAGCAGAAGCAGCUGGCUGCUGGUCCGCCCGUGGAUUACUCCUUUAAGGACCUUAAAACCGUCAUUGACCUAGUGCUGGUCGAGCCCACCAGCGGCACGGCCCGCAAGCCCGCCCUCUCACCAGACGCCUCUCCACUCGAAUACCUGGAGGCCCUAGCGGCACAGGACGCGGCAGCACACGCGGCACAGGACGCAGCGGCGGCGGCAGCAGCGGACCUCGCCAGUCCCUCCGUGGCCCUUCUAGGCACCGGCAGGGGGGGCGCAGGGCUCCUAGGCGCGGGCCGGGGAGGUAGCGGCAGCGGCGGGACGCCGUCCGUGGGUGCUGCCGCAGCGUCCAACGGCGGUGCAGGGAACACGGGCGGCGGUGGAGGGAAGCAGCUGACGGCACAGCCCAGCAGCGCCACAGCGGGGGGUGCGGGCGGAGCAGGGGCCGGAGGUGCGCUGGGCGCCAAGCUGAACUCCAACUCGCUGCGGCUGUGCAACAACCACCUGAUGUCGCUGAGCGGGCUGGGCCGGGUGAUGCCGCACGUGCUGGACGACCCCGCGCAGCUGGUGUGGCUGGACGUGUCGUCCAACCAGCUGAGCACCAUCGAGGAGGCGGUGCUGGAGUUCCCCUCGCUGCAGGUGUUGUACUACCACGGCAACAACAUCACCAACAUCAACGACGUGCUCAAGCUGCAGGGGCUGCCGAAGCUGCAAAAGCUGACGCUGCACGGCAACCCCAUUGCGGAGGCGAAGAACUACAAGUUCUGGGUGGUUGCCCACCUGCCUGGAUUGAGGAACAUGGACUUCGGACCCAUAACUAAGGUGGAACGCGACAAGAUAGAGACGUGGUUUAAAUCUACCAAGAAGCGUCACUAGUUGACUACUGCUUCUGAGCCUUUUGUGCAUCGGCCGGAGCGAACGAAUGAGCAUGCAUAAUGCAAAAUGGGUUGUUCUCCAAGGUGUCUAUGGUUAACAAUCCGACCCAAUAUUUAUAGCAAUCGGCGCAGGCUGUGGCCCUUUCGGUCCGUUUGCAGUGGAUUCGUGUGACGAUGAACGAGUGGGCGAAACACGUAGCGCGGCAGAUGCGCACGAGCGAUGAUUUUUGUUACUGUCUUAUAUACAUACCGUACGCAUCCUUGGUUAUUUUUGGACGAUAGUCGAGGAGGCCUUUGGGCCGUUUUACUGUACCUGGUGGCCUGACGGCCUGCGCAACGCGUUGCACGGCCCAUGCAACUUCCAGCAUAAAAUAGGCUGAGGCCUUCUCUUUUUAAUCAAAUACUUCCCUCUACAGUACAUCUGCAAAGCCUAAUACUCCCUAGCCAUCCAAAGUUGUCUCGUUCAAAGCCUCACUAUGGGUAACUCACACUCGCUGACACCGGCAGCCAACGGCAGUUUCGGACCGACCGCAGUCCAGGCUCGUCGCAACACGCCCAAGGUUAUGGUGCGCCACGAGUGCGUUUGUUGUGCGCAACGUGCAUGAAGCCGCGCAGCACGUUGCGCCCGUCACCAAGGCCGUCGCCAAGCCCAUCGACGUGCCCGCGAAUGGUCGGAACCCUCUGCGCCAACGGGCCCCAGCCGAAGAAAAUGCCUUUAGUGUACCUUAUGAUGAGCCGCUGUCCUCGCUUCACGCUGACAUGGACGAUGAUGACUUACAGUUCCGUGUCGACGACCUGGCGGAGCAGCAGUCCGACGUCAGCAGCCCACACCGCGCCUUCUCCCGGGCGGUGCUGGUGCCCUUCGCCACGGAGACCGAGAGGGCCGCAGCCAAGGACAGUCUGGAGGCCAAGGUGCAGCAGCUCGUGGCUGACUUCCUGUCAGCCGCCAAGCCCGCAGCACCCGCCGACCUGCUCCCCCACCUGGCCUCCCACCUGCGCCAACACGGGCUGCAGGCGGCCGCCACUGCGCCGCCCAAGCCGCGCGCCGACUCGCCCCUCACGACCCGGUCCAUUGACGCGCCCUUCCUGAUCGUGACUGCGGGGGCUGCCCCAGGCGGUGACACCGACAGCAACGACCUCGCAGGCCCCCGUGACAACCGCACCUUCUCCACCUCCUCCUCUUCCACCUCCACCUCCACUGAGCUCGUCAUCGUGGACCCCGCCCUGCGCGACCACCUCUCCCUCGCCCCCGCCACCCCAG